CUCCAGAGGCCUUUGUUUGCAAGUGGGAUAGGUCGUGAUGCACUAUUGAUUUGUCUUCCAUGGUGUUCUUUUAUAUCAGCAAGUACAUCACGAAAUGGAUUGCUUCACCGCUUUUUCGGACGGGACUUCGCCUCAGAAAUCGGUUGUCACCGACAUCAACCGUUGGUGGCGCUGGUGCCAUGACGUCGACCAAUAAUUACUGGGUGGACAUGGCUUGCUUGAUUCCGUACUCACAGAAAUUGCUUUCCUUGGCUGUACACGACGAAUCAAAAAGACUAGCAGUGGAAUUCCGGAGACAGUAUCAGCAAGGAAAACACAAAGACCAAAGCAAAACRGCRCAAACAUCGAURACUUCGUCAUCCUCCUCGUCACCGCAAGAGGCAGCAAUGACGACAAYGGCGAUGAUGACGGACCCAAGCGCAAUCAACCGUCUCUCAGACAUGAGGAUAAAGGUAUUGGACGAUUUCUUGAGGCCAUCACUAAUUCCGAAUAAUGUUUGGUCCGAUGUCGAGCAAAAUUGGCGGUACAAUCUGCGCAUCGUCGCUUGGGCACGGAAGGAAUUCUUGAUUAGCAAAUACGGYCCGUACAUCCAAGAGGCACUGGUGGCCUAUCCUCAGUUGCGAAACUCGCCUCAAUUAUCAAUGUCAUCUGCCGGUGRUGGGAAUAARCGACAGCUCUUGUUGGAUUUGGUUCAUCGUGGAGAAAUUAACACCGACAACAUCGGUGGAGCGAGUGCUUCCAAGAAUUCUAACAUGACAUCGCCGUUCUUGCAAUUGCCGCCUAGUGAUAUUAUAGCAAAUGCAUUUCGUAUGAAACGAUGGGCCAACGAUAAAGAUAUGGACAGGUAUGUGCAACUUUCUYGUGAAAUCGGUAGACAAGCUUCCAUUCAAUUUCUGCUCACACUGUCCCCCUAAAUUCUACAAAUGUCUCGUUUCUUCUUUGAUCUGUUUUCUAAUUGGUAUUAUUAUUUAGAAUAAGCAAUAGCUUACUUCCUGUUGCUGAAACUCUAGGGGGUACUGUAUUUMAGCAGCAGUUGUCAUCCCCAAAAGAAGGGACCGCCACAAUGACAAAACAUGUAGACGUUCCUCUCGACACCGACGUCAGUUCCGCAAGUCUGGAGGAUGUUCUUGAAGUGGCGACAAAAGGAUACUUGAAAAAUUGCGGACCUCUGAAUGCACUCUGCCAGGAGGCAAAUUUUUAUCAAUUGUAUAGUCGGGAAUAUGUUCAAUAUUUGGGCGAUUAUCUUUUAAAACGAACUGCAGUAAAGCGGUUARCAUAUGAUACACAACGACGAAAACGACAACCACAAAAUACUAAUGAUAUCAAAAAUUAUUAUUUAGAAGAGGGACCUCUMGUGUCGCCUGAAACUGUGGUGCUUGAUAUUGGAGCAGGUGAUGGAGUUCUCAUGCACUGUCUGCGGGAUUACAUGCAGCGUAAAAUUAUGGGUUUGUCACUGUCGGACAACAAAAGAGGUAACCAGAGGAAACACGAUCGAAAAAAAAAUGUUCAAGUUCAUAACCAUCAACCGAUGGUUGUUCCAACAAUGGUAGCGACCGAUGACAUGAGUUGGAGGAUUUUUGCCAAGGCUGAAGUCGAAAAACUAUCCGUCGAGCAAGCGCUAGAAAAGUACGCGGCCAACAUGACAACAGCAAAUGGUGAUGUGUCUCCAUCCGAUCAAGAAAACAAUCAAGAUCAGUCGCGUCCCCAGGUGAUCGUUAUCUGUAGUUGGAUGCCCAUGGGUCAGGAUUGGACAGCUCUGUUUCGAAAGGCUGAAGUGGAUGAGUAUAUUCUGAUUGGGGAGGCAGACAAUGGAUCCUGUGGAGAUAAUUGGUUAACAUGGGGGAAUCCUGAGUUUUACGGUUCCGACGCCAUAGAGAACUGCGGCAGCAACAACAACGAUSGCGACAUUAAAUCCUCUCYAACSCCCCCGUACGCGGCAGAAGGCUAUCAACGCAUGGACAUGGACGCCGCCACAAAAUAUCAGUUUUCAAGCUUUGAUCUUUCCAAUUCGAAGAGCAGCAAGACCGUGAGUUUUAGAAGAAUUWUGGGAAGAAAAGCUUAACAAAGAUGUAUGCACAAAAAUUAGAGCCAUCGGUUCCAUUCCUUACGGUUAUAGUAGAUAUAG